UCUUCCAACAUUAGCAAGAAGGCUCAUUGUGUGCUCAACACUGCCUGAAUAACUUGCUACAAGGGGAAUACUUUAGUCCUGUUGAGUUGUCCUCCAUUGCACAACAGUUGGAUGAGGAAGAAAGGAUGAGAAUGGCAGAGGGAGGAGUGUCUAGUGAAGAAUACAGAACAUUUUUACAGCAACCUUCUGUGAAUAUGGAUGACAGUGGAUUCUUCUCGAUUCAAGUUAUAAGCAAUGCCUUGAAAGUCUGGGGUUUAGAACUAAUCCUCUUCAACAGCCCAGAGUAUCAGAGACUUGGGAUCGACCCUAUAAAUGAAAAAUCAUUUAUUUGUAAUUAUAAGGAACACUGGUUUACAGUUCGAAAGUUAGGAAAACAGUGGUUUAACUUGAACUCUCUCUUGAUGGGUCCAGAACUAAUAUCAGAUACAUAUCUUGCACUUUUCUUGGCUCAAUUACAACAGGAAGGUUAUUCCAUAUUUGUAGUAAAAGGUGACCUGCCAGACUGUGAGGCUGAUCAGCUGCUGCAGAUGAUUCGAGUACAGCAGAUGCAGAGACCAAAGCUAAUUGGAGAAGAGGCAGCAGCACAGUCAAGAGAUCAGAGGCUACCCAGAAGUGAUGUGGACCAAGCAAUAGAAGUUAACCAGCCUUUUGAUGGAACAGGCAUGUUAGAUGAAGAUGAAGAGAAUUUUCAGAGAGCUUUGGCUUUAAGCAGGCAGGAAAUUGAUAUGGAGGAUGAAGAAGCGGAUCUUCGUAGAGCCAUUCAGCUCAGCAUGCAAGGUAGUCGUCGAAGUGAGCUCUCAGGCUCAUUACCCCAGAAUGUUCCUCAGUCGUCCCACAGCAGUCAGACAGACUCCCUUUCUUCAGAAGAGCUGCGAAGGAGAAGACAAGCCUAUUUUGAAAAACAGCAACAACAGCUACAGCAGCAAGCUCAGACCCCAAACCUACCUGAUAAGUCAACUCUACGUUCAAGCACUCCAGAAACUGACCCAGGAGGUGAUAUGAGUGAAGAAGACAUGCUUCAAGCAGCCAUGAAUAUGUCUCUGGAAUCUGUUAGAAACCACUUGAAUUCUGAAGAGGAGAAAUGA